UUAACAAAUGCCGCUUUCCGCAUCAGCAAAGAAACCAUUGACGAAAUUAAUUCUGUUCUCAGUAUCUACAAAGGCACGCACAAUUUUUUUAACUAUACCUCGAGACGGGAAUUUGAUGAUCGCAGUUGCCAUCGUUAUAUAUUAUCUUUUGAAUGCGGCGAACCUUUCCUUUUUCAUGACGAUAUUCGAAAUGAGGAUGUCGAAUUUAUUCAACUCACUGUAAAAGGGCAGAGUUUUAUUUUACAUCAAAUUAGGAAGAUGGUAGGACUUUUGAAAGCGAACGGGCAUGCAAAAACUCAUGAACCAUUAACUGACUGGGGAAGCGCAGUAGAAGCUCGGAUAGAAGAAGUAAAAUUUGAACUUAUAACAAAAGAGAUUCUUCUGUCAGAACUACGGCACCAAUCUAUGUUGCAAUGGCUCGCCGAUUUGGUAAAUCAUGAUUUCUCUGCUGAUCCUGAAAGUGAGGAGCUACCAAAGCAAUCGUUUCUCACAAUGGCUGUCGCAAAGGCUGCUGAGGCGAGAGAGGAAGCUGCCAAAGAAGCCAAUUCGGAAGAUCUCACUGAAAGCGAGAAGAAAGUGCAAAAAGAAGAAAACGGUGCUGAAACUGUUGAAGUCCCCGCCGCGGAAGAAACAUUACCAGAGGUAUUGUCAGCACUUUGA